CGGUUCAUCCACCACUGUGAGUUCAUCCUCCAUCGUGAGGACGGUUCGUCUUCCACACCGUGAGUUCAUCCUACACCGACAUCAAGCUACAGCACCACCGUGAGUUCCAGUUGUAGAAAAUGGUCAAAGGAAAAAGACAAUGGUUGAAACCAGGUGAUUUGAGAACUAAGAAGCUAACAGAAUAUGAGAAACAAAGAAAUAAGCGAAUCAAGAAGAACUAUGACGUAAUGAACAAUCUUGGAGUGAAGAAUAUCACAAAUUCUUUGAUGAGUGUGGUUCAACCCAAAUGUGCAAAUGCAAAGGAAAAGGGAAUUAGGGUUGAGGUAGAUAAUGAUGAUGAGUAUAAACCGUCAGAGAGUGAGAACGAUAGCGAUAAUGAGUCAUUGGGUUCCUUUUACCGCAAGGAACAAGAGAUGCCACCGGGGUUUCGUUUACAGUCUCAUUCAGGGCCAUUAACUCCCACCCCAGAAGAAGGGAUGGAUCCCCCAGGUCAAGAGAUUGGUACCCAACCCUUACCACCUCAUAAUGUGCAACCUGAGCAUAAGGUGACUGCAUCUAGUAGUGUAGCAUCACAUGACAGACGUGGUCGUGGUCCAACACGCGGCAUACAAACCCAACGCAUUGUCGAGAAAGAUAGAAAGAUGUUGGUGCCUGUACCUGAACAGUUCUGUGCGCCGGUAGGAGAUCAAGCCUCUAAGUUGGCCUCCAAGAUUGGCGUAGAGGUUCGAACGCAAUUACCAGACUUGAGCGUUCUUAGGUGGAAGAAGGUUCACGAUGCUGAUAAGAAGCCGAUGAUCCAACGCUUGGAGGUAAUUAUUGUCAAGUAA